CGGCCCAAUUUUGGAAUGUCGGUCCGGAAUUAAGAUGUCUGACAAUUUGGUAAAUUGUUUGAAAUGGUAGGAUGAACUUGUAAUUUUCUAAUUCUUUUUCUCCUUCCUUGUGAGCCUGCGAUGAAGCAAAUCAGUUUCACUUUCCCUCAAUUUCCUAAUCCCUAAUUUCUCUCCUACCCUACGCCAGACACCUUCCGGCCUCUAGCCUUCCGCCACAAGCAGCAGCUCGUUGACUCAGUCCACUCCGUCGCAGCUCCUCUUGCUCCACCGCAGGUCGUCGUCGAUCUCCAUUCCGCCGGAUAAUUUGAGUAGGAAUCCUAUUUGGUAUCUUUCUUGGUGUUAUAGAAAAGCCCUAGAAAUGAACUCAGUGAGAAUGCUUGCGUCGAGCCUCUUACGGCGGCCGAGUCAGACCAUUGAGUGGUGCAGUUGUGCGCCUCAUUACCAACCGCUGCAGCUACAGCAGUGGAGGGGGAUCCGGGUGAAGGUCCGGGACGGGAACCUGGAGCAAGCGCUGACUUGGUUGCAGCGGAGGAUGCAGUCGAGUGGGAUUGAGCGGCUUAUAAAGCGCCAGCAGACUCGCCACAUCAAGAACUCCGAGAAGCGUGUCUUGGCCCGCAAGAACCUCGAGCGCAAGAUCCGAUCCCAGGACCUCGCACGCAAGCUCAAAGCCAUUCUUGUCAAGAAAGUCAGGGGUCUCUAAGGAUAGCUUCGGAGUCAGGGGUUAUGCAGAUCUGCAAACUCCCUUCUCCACUCACUACAAUCAAAUAAAUAGGGAUUAAAUUGGCUUUCUUUUCAGUUGCUCAUAAAUUCAUGCGGUUUGACACUCAAUGCUCAACAUGCAUUGAGAUUUUUGAACGGUUCAUCAUUAGGCAAUCUUAGCGCAAUGUGCUCAAGGUGGAAACA